AUGCGCGUUUUUGGGUGCCAAGCAUACAUCUUGACCCCGAAGGAGAAACGACUCAAGUGGGAUCCCAAGGCCCGGGCUGGAUUGUUUUUGGGCUACGAAGAAGUGUCCAAGGCGUAUCGAGUUUACGACAUCGAAGCGGGGCAGGUGAUGAUAAGUCGCGAUGUCAACUUCGAUGAGUCGGCCUUUGGAAUGUCGAUGCUGAUUUCCGAUGACGAUGUUGAUGGCCUGGACUUCGAAUCGAUCGAUCUUGAUGAUGAAGAACCGCGUCCGAGACACUUCAAACAAACAGGAAAGCGCAAGGCCCAACCCAGUCACGACAAUGACGACGCAAGCAUGCCCCGAGCAGUGCGCCAACGACCCGGAUUGGAAGAGUCAAGUGCGCCGGAUGACCUCUCUUCACGUCGAGCCAACGAAGAUGAAGAAAGGAAGUCGGAGGAACAACAUGACACACCGACUUCCUCCGCGUUUUGGCAUGCGAGUGCAAAUGCCGUCGAAGCAGCGGUCGAUUUUUCGGAGCCGUCGACAUUUGAAGAAGCAGUGUCUGGCCCGGACCAAGUACACUGGCGCAAGGCAAUUGAUGUGGAGCUCGAUUCGAUGAAGCUUCGCGGUGUCUUUCGUGCGGCCAAGUUACCCAACGGACAAAGCGCCAUUGGCACAAAGUGGGUCUUCAAGAUCAAGCGCAAGGCGGAUGGGUCGAUCGAGAAAUACAAGGCACGACUUGUGGCCAAGGGUUUUCGACAAAAGUAUGGCAUCGACUACACGGAGACGUUCUCGCCCGUGGUCAAGUAUGUGACGCUGCGAAUGGUCAUCGCCAUUACCAAGCACUUUGGAUGGCCCCUCGACCAGCUCGAUGUGGUGACUGCGUUCCUGUAUGGAGUGAUGAAGGAGAAGGUGUUCUGCGCUGUUCCGGAAGGCGUCAAGAUGGAAGGUGAUUUCGACUGUCUCGAGCUGAUCAAGGCGAUCUACGGUCUCAAGCAAGCCUCGCGUGUUUGGAACGAGACCUUCGACGAGUUCAUACGCUCGAUUGGUUUUCAAGCGUCGGGAUUCGAUCCAUGUCUCUACAUCAUGACUUCGGAAGGCCAUUGUGUUUUUGUGCUGGUCUAUGUGGAUGACGUGUUGGUGACAGGAAGCUCACCCAAGUUGAUUGCACACACCAAGGAAGACCUGAAGACACGCUUCGAGAUGACUGAUAGCGGCAAGUGUGCAUUUGUUCUUGGGAUCGAGUUAUUGGACGGUGAAGAUGGCAGCGUGACUAUGUGUCAGCGCCGUUAUGUCGACGAUGUCCUCAAGCGCUUUGGAAUGGAUGAGUGCAAGGCUGUGGCAAGUCCGGUGGACGUCAGCUCUCGACUGGUUCCAAGCAACUCUGCAAGCAAGGUGGAUGUCCCAUUCCGUGAAGCAGUGGGUGCUUUGAUGCAUCUGACGACUGCAACGCGACCGGACAUCGCCUAUGCUGUAAGCUUUGUGUCACGGUUCAUGGAGAAACCCCAAGAAGAACACUGGGUUGCAGUCAAGCGCAUCUUCCGCUACCUACAAGGCACCAAGAUGCAUGGAAUCUGCUACAAGCCAAGUGCGAAGAUCGACUUUCGUGGCUAUUCAGAUGCAGACUGGGCCGGUGACCUUGCUGAUCGCAAAUCGACGUCCGGCUACGUCUUCAUGCUAUUGGGUGCUCCGGUGAGUUGGGGCAGCAAGAAACAGCCAAGUGUGUCACUGUCUACAAGCGAAGCGGAGUACAUCGCGCUCAGCCUGGCGAUCCAAGAAGGCAAGUGGAUCAAUCGCUUGCUGUGCGAGAUCAUGGCGGCUGCAAACGAAGAAGGACCCGAGCUCGUCAUCCGUGAAGACAACCAGUCGUGCAUCAAGAUGACGAAGAAUCCGGUCAACCACGGCCGCGCUAAACACAUCGACAUCAAGUACCAUCACAUCCGUGAUGAAGUCAAGCGCGGCGAAGUGAAGCUUGAAUACUGCGAGACGACGUUGAUGUUGGCGGACAUCAUGACGAAGGGACUUCACGGACCGCGUCACAAGGACUUGACGGCGGCGCUUGGCAUCCGUGCGUGUUCGGAUUGA